UCCUCUGCAAAGGAUCCCCAAAGUGCCAGGAACAAGCUGUGGCUGCCGGUGGAGAGCUGCGGCUGGUGCUGGAUAAAAAUCUGCAGAAGAAGGAAAAGGUUAAAUGGAGAAUGUGCCUGGAUACGGGACACAAAGACCAGGUCCAGAAGACUAAGAAAACUAAAAAGGUCCAAAUCAAAAACGAGAGCCUUUUUUAUGGGAGAGCUUUUUUCGAGACGCAAAGUCUCUCCCUGUCGAUUCGGAAGGUUCACACGGCAGACAGUGGGAUCUACUGGGCAGAUUUUGAGGGCACAGCAGAGGCUGUUACUGAGCCGUGCUUCCGCGUGUCAGUGUGGGAGCCCCUCGCCCCGCCGGACUUGGAGACACGCAUCUUGCACUGGGAGCAGAACCGCUGCAACCUCUCCCUGCUCUGCACCGUGCCCGGGGCCACCAACGUCUCCUACAGCUGGUCCUGCAAUAGGGGACACCCCGGAGCCCUGGGCCAAGAGCCCCAGCUGGACCUACAGCUCCUUGGGGACUCUGCCCCCAUGGUCUGCUUAUGCAACGCCACCAACUCAUUGAGCUGGAGCAUGGCCACCAUCGAUGUCACAGCCGUCUGUCUCUCUACGGGCUCAGGCGCUUCGUGGUCCUACUGCAGCGUGAAGGGGAUGCUCUGCCUGCUGGUGCUGGGCAGCCUGGGCACGGCCGUGGCCAUCACACACCUCCUCCUCCGGCAGCGGGGACCCCCCUCCCACGGCGCUGGCACUGGGUAGGACCCCCCCAAGGGGCAUCUCCUUGAGCUGUGCAGCAGCUGAGACCUCAACAUUCCCCAACAAACG